AGACAAACGUAUCACACCUUCUUCUUGUCCUCCUUGACUAUUCCGGACGCGUCUCGCGCGCCCGCGCGGCUUGAUACCAAAAACAGAUAUCCGACACUCUAGACUUCGAGCACAUGUAUACUCACGCAAGCCACAUCCCCCAACCUCCGCACAGCGCGGGUGCUCGCCCCCAGGGCUUCCGUACGAAGAUAAAUCCGGCUCAAAUUCCCUCUGCGACAGAAGCCAUUGAGUUUGAUCGCCACCAAUGGGAGGAUUCCACCUAUUCAGGCAUUCCGGGGGAGCAUGUCCCGCUUUCGACGUCGGACCAUGCGAGUAUCGAUCAAGGCAAUUCGACACCGAAGUUCAUACGCAUGACGACAUGGAAUGUACCCUACACUUCCAAGCUCGCCGCCGACUGCGCCCUGCCUAUAGUCGCUGCAAUACAACCCUUCGCCGACCAAGAUCCUCGAGACGAGCCGAUACCCAUCGUAGACUUCGGGGAGCACGGGCCACCGCGGUGCGCUGGCUGUCGGGCGUACAUCAAUCCCUGGUGUACUUGGACGAGAGGGGGAAGCACUUGGUCAUGCAAUCUCUGCUCUAGGGAGACCGAAGUCUCUUCCGAGUAUUUUUGCAAUCUCGAUGCACACAACAUGAGGCGGAUGGACCAUGACCAGAGGAUGGAGCUGAAUCGCGGAACUGUGGAUUUUAUCGUCUCUGAGGAAUAUUGGGCGACGAAUCCGCCAGAACGACUGUCCAUGCCCUAUUUCUCUGUCGAAAGACCGCAAACUGGCCCUCGUCGCCCAGGGCCCAUGAAGUAUCUCUUCGCCUUCGACGUUUCUGGGGAGGCGCUGCACUCUGGAAUCCUACACACAGCAUGUGCAGUCUUACGGGACCUCUUAUUCGGUCCGAACGCAUGUUUCCCGUCGCAAAGUGAACUCGCCAUCGUCACCUUUGACACGUCACUUCACUUUUACGAUCUCUCUUCAGAUAUCGUCUCGAUGCUCGUCGUCUCAGAUAUCGAUGAGGUCUUCGUUCCUUUGCGAACGGGGCUCUUUGUGAAGCCUGCAGAUCACCAGUCGGCGAUCGAGAAUUUGUUGACCAGUCUGCCGGACAGAUUUGUGCAGAUGCCCUUUGCUGAUGCCGCUUUGGGAUCCCUACUUCGCGCCAGUGUCGCCGCUUUGUCUGGUCAUGGAGGUCAGGUUGUCGUGUUCCAGAGCACCAUGCCUCGUCUUGGACCUGGAGCCCUGCUGGAAGAGCCCAGAGAGGCAGAGUUGUACGACACGCCAAAAGAGACGACCCUUUAUGUUCCCAGAGACAACACCUGGCGGGAAAUCGGUUCAGAAUGUGUCGAAGAAGGGAUCGGCGUGAGCAUGUUCCUGACCAUGAGUAAAUACAUCGACGUUGGCUCAAUCGGUGAGGUGGCCUCGAUUACUGGCGGAGAGCUUUUCUUCCAUCCGCGAUUCACGCCUGCCCGAGAUGGUCCUGUCCUGGCUGCUCAACUCGAUCGACUCAUUCGGCGAACCACAGCAUAUAACUGCAUGAUGCGCAUCCGAGUUUCGAAUGGCUUGCGGAUCUCAGGAUACUCAGGCAACUUCAACCGUAGAGGAGGGACUGAUCUCGAAUUCGGUGUGAUGGAUGCGGACAAGGCUAUCUCGGUGACCAUCAAGCACACAGGCUCAUUAGAUGUGCGGGCCUAUGCCUAUCUGCAGUCUGCAGUUCUCUACACGACCGUCGAUGGUCAACGAAGAGUCCGGACAUGUAAUCUCGCUUUGCCCGUCGUCGAGCUAGCUUGGAAUGUCUUCCAGUUUGCUGAUAUGGACACCACUGUCUAUCAUCUAGCCAGAGAAGCGGUGGCGCAGACGGGCUCUGAGAGGCUAUCCAACAUUCGCGAUGAUUUGACGGAGAGCUGUUCCGCCGUGCUACUUGCCUACCGUAAGAAAUGCUCCAAUACAUCAUCUAUUGACCAGUUGAUACUACCCGAGGCUUACAAGGCACUGCCCAUGUUUUCGCUGGCGAUACAGAAGUCUAAACCGCUACGAGCAGCACGAAACGUCUCCUCCGACGUGCGGAAUUAUCAUAGGCAUCGGAUGCUGAGCAUCGGCGUGCGCCAGAUGAUACACCUGCUGUAUCCUCCGCUCUUGGCGCUGCAUGAUCUCUCGGACAGCGCCGGGUUCGCAGACCCUUCUACUGGCCGGUUGGAGAUGCCAGAUAUCAUGCGGGAUAGCCAUCUGUAUAUGGAGGGUCACGGAGUGUAUCUAAUUGAUAACGGCGAGAUGAUGGUCGUAUGGAUUGGUGGAAGUGUGUCGCCACAGCUGCUGCUAGAUAUGUUCGGGGUCGACGAUCUGAUGCUCUUGGAUUCCCAAAUGAUAUCCCUUCCGAGACUCGAUACCAGACUCUCGAUGCAAGUAAACAACAUCAUUGACCAUCGACGCCACCAGCGGGGCGGCAGACUCCCCAAGUUCUCCAUCGCGCGGCAGAACCUAGACGCAGCCGAGAUCGAGUUCAGCGACAUGCUGGUGGAAGACCAAAACACCGGGGCGAUGGCUUAUUCCGAUUGUAUGUCGCUCGAGACGGAACAGCGGGCCUCUGACUCAUCUGUUGCUCCAGACCUUUCCGUUGUACAUAACCAAAUCAAGCAAGUAGUGAGUCCUCCAGGUCCUCUUGUCCUGCCCUGCCGCUCACUGUCAGCUAGCUUCGAGACGGAGGUUCGCUGGGUGGUGGAGUAGCCUUCCGGAGUUCAAUUUGGUAAUUGUGAAUGUGUGCAAUAUAAAGUCUGUAAUCGUGGUGCGAGAUAAGAUUCAGUACAUGGAAACAGGGCGGAGGAUUGGCACGUGUCCGCGUCACGUGUGUUUUCAUCGCUCGUCCUCGAACAGCUGCGUGCAGUACAGUUUGGGAGUUCAGGACAAGCGCACAAUAACUGAAUCGACCACGAGAUGAAUAUAAAGGUAUUGCAAUAUCUAUCUCGUAACCCUCUUCCACUGACUGGGCGAUUGUAUCACUGUUUACCGAGAGGAGAAAGUGACGUGAUCGCACCCGAGACUGAGACGGUACGAUACGAAUAUGUGUGUGUUAAUGAGAGUAG